GCGAGGGGGAGGCGGGCGGGACACCAAAGCAGGAAUGCACCACUGCGGCGCGGGAGGGGAGUGGUUGCCAUGGCGACAAGGCUGGGACGCCGAGGCCUAGCUCAGGUCCCGGGGCUCGCGUUUUUGCUCCGCGGCUGCUGCUGAUUGCUCCGAUCCUCCCGGUUCCCCCCGGUUCCCCAGCACUCCUGGAGAUCGUCGGGCCCGGGGGGUACCGUGCCGGUCCGUUUCCAGCUGCCUGUCCCGGUAGGGCGUUCCCUCCACCCAAGGCCUGGUGGCCCCGUUGUUCCCGGGCCUUGUCCCGCACCAUGGCGCACCUCCUCGGCCACCGCGGCUGCAUGGAGAGCCUGCGGGCCGACCUGCGGGACCUGCAGGCCGCCAUCGCCGACGUGUGCUCCCGGGCCGGCGCCGUGCGCUUCCCCUCCUGGAAGUUCCCCGACAAGGUGUCCUGCGAGCUGGACAUAGCGGUGCUGCUGCAGCGCUAUCGGCACAGCGACAGCGAGCCCGAGUUCAGCCAGCACGCACACGUGGUGCUGCUGGAGCUGCUCAUAGACAGGUGA